AUGACUACAUUUUUUGAAAACCCACACUACUACUCUAGCCAAAUCAAAUUGGAAGAGCCCAGUAUACUGCCAUCAUCUUUACAACAACAACAGCAACAACAACAACAACCACAACAACCACAGCAGCAGCAGCCAUCCCACCAAGAUGAUUUUCAAGAUUUCUUUGUUGCCUACAGAUCAUCACCGACAGAUUUGUGCAGAAACGUCGACUAUUGGAAAUUUGCAGUAUCCCAGAUGCAGCAGCACAUUUUUAAUACGAGCAGUGCAACCUACUCAUCGCCCGAAGCCUACUUCUUGAAGAAAACUAAAAAGAACACAUCGGUUGCCAAAGACUUGCUUGCAAUGAUCAAUGACAAUGGCACAUUUCGAUUCAAUUGCGACCCAAUGUGUGCUUCAGAUCCACUUACAUACCGCAGACACAGAUCUGAGAAUCUGCUGCUGCGUAUGAUUCAUUGCAGAGACUUGGAUAUGAACCAAAUCUCUCUGAUGCGACUGUCCAAAGGCGUCUUUGUCCAUCAAAAGUGGCAAUCCAGCGUCCCUCAACCCUCUCCCACAUUGUCUUGCAUUGAAGAGGUGAUGGCGAAUGAUUUCAUUGAUACACAAGACGAAGCUCCCAUUGAUACAUUUCAGUUUGGCAAUGCAUGUCAUAUGAUUAAUAACCUGACAAGCUCCUGCUACGACAUGUUCAUUCCCUACAGCUACACAUUUGGCGCAAGAUAUACAAACCCAUAUAACAAUGCGAGUGAUCUCGUCAUUCGUGGCAAAUUACCCUUGUGGUGUCAAACGCUGUUCUUGUCAAACUGUAUAAAGCAAACAGAGCCUGUUCAAGCACAUGUCCCUCGAUCGGGCCUCUUCCCAUUUGCACCUCAAAUCACUGUUACAUUCAAGCCUUUAAUACAAGAUGAAACAGAUGCCAUCAUGCCUGAAUUGACCGUCUUAUACGAGCGUUUCACUAUGGAGGACAUGGACGCAUUUUCUUUCCCUGAGCUCACGGAUGAAGAAUUGGAACUGACAUGGCCUGAAAGAAAGAAGCAAGUCUAUCAAAGAAUCCUUGUCUGCGAUAUUCCUGAUGACUUGGCCAAGAUAUUGAGUGAUAUGGCUACCAUUUGGGCCGCAAGCAAAGGAUUAAUGCUUUGA